AUGGCUAAUGAACUCACUGGUGUGUGCCCAGAAAACAUCCCAGAAUGGAUACAUCUGCUGAGAUUUCCACCUUUUGGAAAAAGGCACCUUGUGGUGGAGAAUGUGCCCCCCUGCCGCGAGGCCGAGAGCCCCGGGGUCCCUAACGCCGCCUGCGCCCAGGCAGAGGACGCCGCGGGGCACCGGCGCGCCGAGGAUCCCCGGGCACCCCCGGAGCUGGGCGCUGGGGAGGUCCAGACGGCCGAGGAUGCUUCCAGGACAGGUGACGUUCCGAUAAAGACUGUCCCCCUUGUCGACUCCGACUGUGGCAGCGGCCGGGCGUCUGCCGUCCCUGACCCUUCCUCUGUUGAUCCACCCUCAGACCCAUCGACCGAUCGUAUUUGUUUGAUGUUUUCUGACGUGACUUCACUGAAAAGCUUUGACUCUCUUACAGGCUGUGGAGAUAUUAUUGCAGACCAAGAGGACGAGGCAGGGCCCAGCUGUGACAAGCAUGCCCCGGGGCCAGGCAAGCCCGUUGUCCCUAAAAAGAACCCCGGCGUGGUGGCCUACCAAGGAGGAGGGGAGGAGAUGGCGAGCCCCGACGGGGUGGACGACACCUAUCUCCAGGAGUUCUGGGACAUGCUCUCCCAGACCGAGGACCAAGGACAAGGGCCCCAAGAGGGCCUGGCUAAGGCCGCGGCAGCCCUGGACGCCAAGGUGGCCCCCGAGACCUCCAAAGACGCCAGGUGUGUAGACGCGGCCAAGGACGCGUCCUCGGUCAAGCGCAGGAGGCUCAACCGGAUUCCCAUUGAGUCCCAUCCCAAGGAGGAGCCUAAGCACCUGCAGAAGGAGCAGCAGGAAGGCGUCCCCAACAGUGACGAAGGCUACUGGGAUUCCACCACGCCGGGCCCCGAGGACGACGGCACGGGCGGCGGGAAAAAGGCGGGCAUCCCCCGCGACAGCGACAGCGGCGACGCGCUCUACGACCUCUACGCGGACCCCGACGCCAGCCCCGCAGCCCUUCCCGCCAACGAGGAGGCGUCCUGCGUGUCCAGGCUGAAGCCCGUGUCUCCCGUCACCAUCACCUGCCCGCUGCGAACGCCGGGCAGUUUGCUGAAGGACUCUAAAAUCCCCAUCAGCGUCAAGCACCUCGCGAACCUCCCAUCCAGCCACCCUGUGGUUCACCAGCCACCCGCCAGAAGCGAGGUGCCCAGAACAAAAAUCCCGGUGUCCAAAGUGCUCGUCCGCAGGGUCAGCAGCCGAGGCCUGGCUGGGACCACCAUCCGGGCCGCGGCGUGCCACGACAGUGCCAAAAAGUUGUGAGGUGCCCGAGACCGAGGUGGAUGGACCACAUGCCAAGGAAUACAACUUUCCCCGGAAACCACUAAAAUAAGUUUUGCUUCCCCUAAAGAAAGGCUUUUAGGACCGUCCCUGCCGCAGAGCCUGGGCCGAGGAGGCCUUUGUGGCCGGCUGGGGCGGGAGAUGCUGGAGAGGGGAUGCCACACUGCACAUGAGAUUCUCCUCCCAAGAUAAGUCCCUGGGAAUUAUUUUCGAGCACUUUUUUCUUUUUUUUACCUUUUUAAAGUAUUUUUUUCUGUCUUUUUUCUUUAAUGCACCAAAUACUUGGAAGUCACCUUUACUUGCCUUUGCAGAAACCAGGACUAACCAAACCGAAGUAAGUGUCAGGCCAUGAUGUUUGGCCAUGUCAGGGUCCAGAGGCCUGGAGGAACCACUGCAAGAACCAGAGGAGUCCUCCUCUUCCAUAACCC